CUUACAUCACGUUCGUCUACAGAGUACAUCCAUAACAAUCCCGGUUUACUUGCACCAUUUCUAUCAUCGCGACUCCUAAAGAUGCGUUUUCGUACAGAGCUGAAAAAUAUUCGCACAUUCUCAAAGCUUACAGCUGCACUUGGCUCUCUUGAGAAGAUUGCCUGGUUGCGCUUGAGCGAUGAUACUGCACGAUUCACCGUCAUCCCAGACAUGGGAUCUCAAGUAUGGGCGUAUGUAUUCUUCCUUCUCAAGCUAUGUAAUUGCUUAUAAAUCUCAAGGUCUCUUGCCAUGGACUUCAUCUUUGAUGGCUAUCACAUUCAGUCCGCCGAGGCAGGUAAUACUAUUAACUUGGAGCUUCCUCUUCAACCACUUCAACGCGCCCUCAAGUCUGCGCUUAACAGUAUCUCUGCUUCCCUACGCCUCACAAAGAAAGACGGUCUGCCAGUUCUUUCGAUGACUAUCACAACGACUACGUCAGCUACCAACCCAGCUGGGGCCGCGAAACCUUCAGGAACAGCCGCUGGUGACGACCCAUUCGAUGACGACGAAAUGUUUCAGGCAGAGCACCUCGAGACUUCAUUGAGACGAGAGCAUGAGAAGAUCAUCACGCAGGACAUACCCGUGCGUGUCCUUCAUCCCGAAACAGUUGAGACUAUCAUGCAGCCUCGAGUACGAGAACCAGAUGUCCACAUUCAACUGCCCCCUCUUCUUCAGCUCAAGGCCAUCUCAGACCGCUUCACCAAGCUUGCUAUGGCCUCUAAUUCUGGCUCUUCUGCUCAUACGAAAUCCCCAAAACUUGAGCUUAGCGCCAACAUGCACGGUGGUCUACGACUACGGAUCGCAACCGAGACUACAGAUAUCUGUAGUGUGUGGUCUAAUCUCGAAAACCCAGAGCUUGACCCCGCACAGCUCGAUUGUCCCGUGGAGGAGCAUCCAAGUACGAAGUUUCGAGCAGGCGGUCCCAAUCAUUGGGCGACUGUACGUGUCGAUGGUAAGGACUGGAGCCGUGUCCUUAGUGUUGGUCGCUUGGAAGGCAGGGUCAUUGCCUGUUUUGCUGACGACCAUGCGUUAAUCCUCUACGUCUAUGUGCCCCAGUACGAUGAUGCUACAGCGGAUGACUCUGUCGUGACAUACUAUGUACAGUCAUAUAGUAUGUGAAACACAUCAAGAUGAAUGAUGAACUUUCAUGUUUCGGGCGUUGGAGCUGGGUAGCGAUUUCUAGAACGGAUUUUUGGCAUUGAGUUGGGCGUUCGGUCAAAAGUGUAUGUCUGUCAAAGCACGCAGUAAUCAAAAAAAUCAACGGUAGAAUUCUUCAUCGUAUUAUCGUUCUUUGUCAAAUACCUCCUCGAGUCGUAAUCAUGUCUCGAUGGUAGCAUUAGGGUCUAUUCUCUUCCUGAUCCAAAGCAUUACAACUCGUCCGCUUCCUCAAUUCUUUGUGUACAGUCGCUGUUAUAGCCCCAGGCCAGCGCUCCUACAAUUCAAACCAUCGCAGAAAUACAAGACGCAACAAUAUUCUAACUAUUAAUACAUAUUGAUUCGUUCCUAGCACGAAUCCCCACAAGAACGCCAGAAAUUGACUUGGUAUUUCAAAUCCAAACGAAUAUGACACUUAUUCGUGCCUUACUUGGCCAUGACAUCGACAUAUC